UGCACACCAAAAUGAUAAUAAUAAUAAUAACAUGAUGUCCUUGUUGUAAUUAUUAUUAUUAUAUCAAAAUUCAUUCCUCAAAAUUUCAGAUUCUAGUCCUAAUUCGUGGCGAAAAAAUUAAAAUCAACAUCAAAUGGCGGAAGAGGAGUCAACGUCGAUUCCACUGAGCCAUCCGGACGACAAUGGCGGCCAAGAUCCACCCAAAUCGCCUCCUCAGUCUAAGUCCUCAUCUAAUUCCUCUACUCGCGAGGCGUGCUGUUUUGUCCUACAAAGCUGGGUCUCCAAGAAGUUCAUUACUGGAUGUGUAGUACUUUUCCCCAUAGCUGUGACAUUCUUUAUUACAUGGUGGCUUAUGCAAUUUGUUGAUGGUUUCUUUAGUCCACUAUAUGCACGCCUUGGCGUUGACAUAUUUGGACUUGGAUUUGUCACAUCUCUGGUGUUUGUGUUCUUUGUUGGUGUUUUUGUUUCAUCAUGGAUAGGUUCCACCAUCUUCUGGCUUGGGGAAUGGUUUAUAAAGCGAAUGCCCUUUGUGAAGCAUUUAUAUUCAGCCUCCAAACAAAUUAGUGCUGCAAUUUCUCCAGAUCAGAAUACCACAGCUUUUAAAGAGGUGGCAAUUAUUCAUCAUCCUCGUGUAGGUGAAUAUGCUUUUGGUUUCAUCACAUCAACAGUAAUCCUUCAGAGAGAUAAUGAAGAUGAAGAGUUGUGUAGUGUUUUUGUUCCGACAAACCAUCUAUAUAUUGGUGAUAUAUUCCUGGUGAAUUCCAAGGACAUUAUAAGACCAAAUCUGUCAAUUCGAGAAGGAAUAGAGAUCAUUGUUUCUGGAGGUAUGACAAUGCCACAGAUGAUCUCCCCGGUGGAACGGGUUGUUCACCAAAAUGAAGGAAUCCCUUUGAACAGGAUGGUGUAAUGGCAUCAAGCAAGAAGUAAAACCCUUUAACUACAUUCAAAUCCCACAUAAAAUGACCAAGGAGAGUUUAUUCUUAUGACAACCGAGUCAAUUGAUUUGUUGCUUGUAGCAGUAAAGCUUUCGAGAAUGCACAACUAUGGUGUCUACUUGAAUCUGUCUGUAACUACUAUUGUUUAUGUUGUCCCUGCAGCUGUUUUAACCAUACGAAGGAAGUUGCAAGGGAGCCCUGGCCAUAAACUGUAAUUGUCAGUAGCCCCUGUCAUUAAUGGAAUUUUUAUAAUUAUAUAUCUGUUUUAGUUUUUUCUUA